UUUGCUCUGGACUUUUGCUGGGUUAAACAAAGCUUAUUCAGAACUCAGAGGCUCGUUUCACCCAUUCUCGGCUUCAUCCUCUGCUCCAUUCUCACUUACAAACUCGAAAUCUCCCAAAUUUCUCACGCACGAUUUUACAAUACAACCAACCCUUCGAAACAAAAACUCGAAUUCUUCACACAAUCCUGCCGAUUCCUUAGAGAUCGCUCAAAGCUCCUUUCUAACAUACUCAUUGAUUAUCACUUAUCAGGUGAUUCAAGAUCUGCAUUUGCGACUAGCGGAUUUUUGGUAUCUAAUAUUCCAGCAGAAAAAAGAGAAUGGAGUGGGUGCUGAUCAUUGUUUCGUUGACUGUUAUUUGGGUUGGUUCUCUUUGCAAAACACUUCAUGUAUUUGUGUCUGACUCCAAGUCUAUGUUUUUAGAUGAUGGUGGAUUUUUUCUGAAGAAAAAAAUCUUGUUGGUUAUUGCACAUCCUGAUGAUGAAUCUAUGUUCUUUACUCCAACCAUCAAUUACUUAAUGUCAAAGGGGCACGAUUUGCGAAUUUUAUGCAUAUCAACGGGCAAUGCGGAUGGCUUGGGAAAUACAAGAAAACAAGAGCUCUACCGGGCCGCCACAACCCUUAAUGAUUCUGAAGAGUUGAAGAUAUACCUUUGCACAUUUUAUUGAUCAGUUCUACCUUACUCAGGUAUCUCCGCAACAAGUAAAGAUCUUGGACCAUCCAGAUUUGGAGGAUGGUUUUGGCAAAUUCUGGAACACAGAUCUGUUGGCAAGACUUAUGAAAGAAGAAGUAGACAGCCAUUCUGUUGAUGUGGUAAUUAGUUUUGACAAAUAUGGUGUUUCUGGUCAUUGUAAUCAUUGUGAUUUGAAUCGAGGUGUGCGAAAACUUAUCCAGGACGUCUCAUACAAAAAUGUGGAAGCGUGGGAGCUUGUGAGCACUAAUAUAUUCCGCAAAUACAUCGGACCAGUAGAUGUUUGGUUUUCUCUCUUGUAUGUCAAGUUUCAUCGCAAUGAAAAAGUAUAUUUCUUGAUCAAUGAAAACCCUAGUAGAAGCUAUGCUGCAAUGGCCCAACACCUGAGCCAAUGGGUUUGGUUUCGUAAGCUGUUUGUAUCCUUCUCCAGCUAUACGUAUGGCAACUCUCUAAAGAAGAUUAACAUCUAAACAAUGCCUGCAAAAUGUCUUCCUUGUUCUUAAGAUUGUUUGAAGCAUUGGAAUAUGUUAGCUGCUGCUGAUCGGAAGACUGAAGUGCAGCAGCAGCAGUGGUCAUUUUAAAAUUUCUGUUCGUUAGCUGCGUUUGCAGUUUGCACCAUUGCAAGCUCUUCUUGUUGUGAUGCCACCUGCAAGCACCGAUAAACAAGUCGUGGUGGUGACUAACACUCCUACAAUAGCUUAAUAAUUAGGCUUAACUUCUGUUGCUCUUUGUUUAUGCUUAAAAUUUCUACAAUCUGUGAGUGCAAUGAUUUUAGAUUCAAACCCCGUCCGAAAUAUAAAAAAGGCGGGUCUUUUCUGGCUUAGCCACUCCAAAAGAUCUGUAUUUAUUUGUCAUAUAUUGAUACAGGUUUCUUGGAAGCCAUGGAUGGAUAAGCUCUAGACAUUCCAAGGUUGUUCGUACUUUAUGACUUCCAUUUGUUUAUUUCUUUCCAUGCCAAAAUCACAAGCAAAUCAUACGUUAAUCCAUAAUAAUAUGUCGAGUAGUUUAAAUCAUGUAAUAAAACAUACUAUAAAUAUGGAUCGACUAGUGUUUUAAUGAAUAAGUGGCAUAUACUUUGUAAAUAAUUUCAACUUGAGGAAUGAUCUUGUCAGGCCGGUCUGACAAGAACUAUUGUCCGGCUGCCUCCAUUUGAAGUGCUUCUGGUUGGAAUUUUUAUGAAAUUUUGUGAGCAUGUUCC